AUGAAGUACGUCGUCGUCAGCGGUGGCGUCGUCUCCGGCCUGGGAAAGGGCGUCACCGCGUCCAGCGUCGGGGUGUUGCUCCGGGCGAGCGGUCUGCGGGUGACGAGCGUGAAGAUCGACCCGUACAUUAACAUCGACGCCGGCACGAUGUCCCCGUUCGAACACGGCGAGACGUACGUGUUGGACGACGGCGGAGAGAGCGAUCUGGAUCUCGGGAACUACGAGCGGUUCGUCGACGUGUCGUUGACGAGGGAUCACAACAUCACCACGGGGAAGGUGUAUCAGAGCGUGAUCUCGAAGGAACGCGAGGGGAAGUAUCUGGGGAAGACGGUGCAGGUGGUGCCGCACAUCACGGAUGAGAUUCAGGAUUGGAUUGAGCGCGUGGCGCACGUGCCGGUGGACGGGACCGACGGCGUCCCGGACGUGUGCGUGAUCGAGCUCGGUGGUACGGUGGGUGAUAUCGAGUCGAUGCCUUUCAUAGAGGCUUUGCGGCAAUUUCAGUUCCGCGUCGGAAGUGAUAACUUUUGCUUGAUUCACGUCUCGCUCGUGCCCGUGGUUGGCGCCGUGGGAGAGCAAAAGACCAAGCCGACGCAACACUCGGUGCAAGCGCUUCGCUCCGCCGGUCUCUCCCCGCACUUGCUCGCGUGUCGAUCCAAGCUUCCGCUGGAGCAGAGCGUCAUGGAUAAGCUCGCGCUCUUCUGCCACGUGAACCCAAAGUGUAUCAUAAACUUGUGCGACGUGAGCAACAUCUGGCACGUGCCGCUCGUGAUGCACGAGCAACACGCGCUCGAGAGCAUCAUGAACCAGCUCAAGAUUCCGUUCAAGGAACCCGAUCUCGAGCAAUGGGCGUACCGCGCGAACAAGUGGGACGUCAUCGACACGCCGGUGACCAUCGCCCUCGUGGGUAAGUACACUGGUUUAGGUGACUCGUACUUGUCCGUCACCAAAGCUUUGCUGCACAGCACCAUCGCAUGCGAUCGCAAGCUCAACUUGCUGUGGAUCGAAGCGAGCGAUUUGGAGGAUGAAACGAAAAGCGAAGACGUCGCUAAGUACGACGCGGCGUGGGCCAGCGUGAAGGCGGCGGAAGGUAUCUUAGUUCCGGGCGGUUUUGGCGGGCGAGGCGUCGAGGGCAAGAUGCUUGCGGCGCGGUACGCACGGGAAAACAAGGUACCGUACUUGGGCAUUUGCCUCGGCAUGCAGAGUAUGGUGAUCGAGUUUGCGCGUAACGUCCUCGGCUUGUCCGACGCGCACUCGACGGAGAUGGAACCUGAGACGAAGAAUCCGGCGGUUAUCUUCAUGCCUGAAGGUAGCAAAACACACAUGGGCGGCACAAUGCGUCUGGGCUCGCGAAGAACCAUCUUCCAAACCCAAGAUUGCAUUGCCGCGCGUCUGUACGGGGGUGUGCCGUACGUCGACGAGCGCCAUCGUCAUAGAUACGAGGUGAAUCCGGACAUGGUCCCGCAGCUCGAGGCGGCUGGCUUGAAGUUUGUCGGCAAGGACGACUCCGAGACGCGAAUGGAAGUGUGCGAAGUCGACGGUCACCCUUUCAUGGUCGGUUGUCAGUACCACCCGGAGUUCAAAUCUCGUCCCGGUAGGCCAUCGCCACCGUUCAUGGGACUCAUCCUCGCCGCGAGCGGUCAGCUCAGCGAGUACACGUCCGAGGAGGCCAUAGCCGUGCGCAAGAGCGUCGCCUACAACACGCACGACGCGGUGAUGACGUCCCCACUCAAGGUACUCCGUCAAAACGUCUCCCCGUCCAAGUAG